UAAGAAUGACCCAGGAAAGCGCCGUCCAUGAGGCGCUGAAAAAGCAUUUCGGCCACACGAAAUUCAAAUCAGAGCUGCAGGAGAAGGCCGUGAAGUGUGCUGUCAAAAAAAAACAGGAUGUGUAUGUGUCGAUGCCGACGGGCUCGGGUAAAUCCCUGUGCUUCCAGUUGCCCGGUUUGAUGUCCGAGAAUCAAAUAACCAUUGUUUUUUCACCGCUUUUGGCUCUGAUCAAGGAUCAGAUAGAUCAUUUGACCAAACUAAAGGUGCCAGCGGAUUCGUUGAACUCCAAGAUGAGCACCAAGGAAAGGGAUCGUGUUAUAAUGGACUUGCGGGCCGUGAAAACGAACCUGAGGUUUCUCUACAUAACCCCGGAACAGGCUGCCACCAAAUUUUUCCAGGAGCUUCUCCAAACACUUUAUAAUCAUAAAAAACUGGCAUAUUUUGCAGUGGACGAAGCCCAUUGUGUCAGCCAAUGGGGUCAUGACUUUAGGCCUGAUUACCUGAAACUGGGCGAGCUGCGCUCCAAAUACCCGGACAUAACCUGGUUGGCAUUGACGGCCACAGCUUCUCGGGAAGUCAAGGAGGACAUAUACAAGCAGCUACGCCUCCACCAGCCCGUGGCUCAGUUCAGCACUCCCAGCUUUAGGAAGAACCUCUUCUACGACAUUGUGUACAAGAACUCGAUAGAAGAUGACUUCCAGCACCUAGCCGACUUUGCCCGACACUGUUUGGGCGAUCCCAAAGAGUUCAAGGAGCAAGCUAAACCGCAAAGGGGUUGUGGAAUUGUAUAUUGUCGAACUCGCGAGCAGGUGGAACGUAUGGCCAUAGGAGUGACCAAGCAGGGAAUCGGAGCAGUGGCCUACCAUGCCGGCCUGAAGACAGGGGAACGCACCGAGGUCCAAGAAGCCUGGAUGCGGGGCGAUCAACCCAUCAUAUGCGCCACCAAUAGCUUCGGCAUGGGUGUGGAUAAACCGAGCGUGCGCUUCGUUAUCCACUGGGAUGUGCCGCAAAAUGUGGCUGCAUAUUAUCAGGAAUCUGGUCGCGCUGGUCGCGAUGGCUUGCAGUCGUAUUGUAGAUUGUAUUACGGACGGGAAGAUGUCCGGAGUAUUCGUUUCUUGCUGCAAAACGAUGCCCACCGAGCGAGGGGUCGUGGCGAUAAGGAAUUACUCACGGAGAGGGCCUUAAAACAGUUUGAAAAGAUAACUGAAUUCUGCGAGCGAACAAGCUGCAGGCACAAGCUUUUUUCUGACUUCUUCGGAGAUCCUGCUCCGGAUUGUAAUGGUCAAUGUGAUGUCUGCAAGCGCCCCAAGAAAGCGGAGAAGGCACUUGAGAUGUUCCACAGAUUGUGUAUGGAUGAUACGUUCAAGUCACACAUUUCGCUGCAGGAUUGCGCCGAUUUGUAUGAGGGUGGUCGACCUGGAAUAAAGCGUGCUGCCCAGGAGUACGCAGACGGUGAAUCCGGUUCAGGUGACGAUUCCGGCCAGAGUCACUCCUCCAUGGCCAAAAAAGCGAAAAAGGAAUCCGAGGAUUUUAUAAAGCAGCAGUUCAAGCUACGUAAACAAAUCAGCGCAGCUCGGCAGCUGGAACAGGAAACUGCCGCCCAAAUCACUCGCAUUCGACAGGCGGAGGCCACUGAAAAGAAAAUCGCUGGGCUUCAGUCAACUCACAGGGAGAAAUACCUCACAGCCAUCAUCGAUGCACUAAAGGCCAAUGUGGAAAAGUGCAAGGAGGAGCCAGAUCAGCAGCCAAGAAGUGUACUUAAAUACAAAGACUAUGAAGCCAUGGCAGUGGAUAUGGAGUACGAGGUUUUUCGACAGCAUAAAGUGGCCAAUAUGUACCGACAUGCCUUAGUUAAACAGAUUUCCACCAUUAAACAACUGACAGGCAAGACGCAAUUAAUGCCGCUUUUGCUGGAUUAUGUUCCCAAGCCGGAAACUAGCUCCAAAGGCGCUUGGACUGGUGGAAGUGUAGCCUAUUUUGAGAGGAAACUAAAAGAACUGGAAGAACAGAGACCCCAAAGUCUUAAGGAGGUGCCAAAAGCCUUGAAGGAAAAAAAGGGAUUCAAACAGGAGAAUAGCAAGCAGACUUCGAUAUCCUCCUUUUUCAAAAAAGAGAUUAAAGAGGAACCAUCCGAUUCGUCUAACGAAGAAGAUGUUGUUAUUAAAGAAGAGCCCGAAGAAAUUCAGAACGACAAAGAGGUGAAGGAUACUGAAGAAAAUUCUACCAAUAAUGUCAAAGACGAGCCCAUGGACCAAGAAAGUACUGAUCCUGAAGUUGAGCUCGAUCGUCAGCCAGAUAGCAUAAUUGGCGAAAGAAAAUUCAAAUUGAUGUCCAACGGCGAUGGAAGUUAUGACACCCAUCGAAGGAAAAGAGUUUCUCAUCAAAACCAAUCCAAAGAGAUAGAAUCAAAAAAGACAACGUCCAGCAUGCAGCACCUAUUUGGUUCCUUUAAAAGCGACUCUGACGAGGAGACUGAUCCACAUUCUAUUGGUUUUAAAACUGCCCGUCAAAUGCUCGAUGAAAGAAAAGAAAAAUUAGGCAGCCCAACCGAAGAAAUUGUUCUUAAAAAAGAUGAAAAUAGGAAUAAAUCAGAAAAUAGGCCCGAAACUGUUGGCUUUAUAUCGGCCAGAGAAAUGUUAGAGAAAAAUAAGCUUAAGGAAGGGGAGAAAAGGGAAAAGUCAAAUUACAAACCUGAAACACUAGGUUUCAUUUCAGCCAGAGAAAUGUUGGAAAAAAACAAACUUAAAGAAAAGAGUUUGGACAAAAAAGAGUUUAAGGAAAAUAAGUUAGACAGUAAGGAACCAAAGGUAACACUAGACGAUGACGUAAAGAAAUCUGAGAAAAAGGAAGGCAGUGACAGAAAAUCUCAAAAAGAAGUGCCGAAAGAGGCGAAAUCCGACAAAGAUAGAGUGAGAGAUUUGAAACCUAGUAGGGGUGAGCCAAAAGAAUCGGAAAAGCAUCUUAAAGACUUGAAAGCAGAAAGAAAGGACUCUUCUUCCCAGAAAAAGGAUCAAAAAGAAUCCGACUCGAAAAGAAGUUCGCAAAAGGACACAAAACCAGAAAAGAACCAGCAAAAGAACGAUGUGAGCAAAAAUGUGGUGCAGUGGCUCAAUCCCUACUACAAACGAAAAAUAGCCACCAAGGAACUGUUCAAAGCUCUGGCCAAAUUGCUUACUCAGCGCAUUUGUGAUGGAAGCUUGGGUGACGGAGAUGCUGGAAAGUGUUACAUCAAGGAGACGUUCCAUGGUCUGCAGAUGAUCAACAACGAUCAGGACAUUGAGAAAUACUUCAUCAAGUCCAAAUGACUUCUAGGAACUCCAUACACCAGCCGCAUGAUUUCAUCACAACGAAUUGUUUCGCCUUGUUAACAGAUAAAGAAUCUUUUUUUUUUUGUUAAUGUUUCGUUUUGUAUAUAAUAAGUACCUAAAUUAUGGAGUAUACAUUAAAAAAUAUAUAUUUUUCAUUUCGAAAUUUUCAAUAGUAA